UCUAAUGACAUAAACAAGCAAAAUGGCUUCGCCAUGGCAAGUUAUUUUCCCGCUAAAUAAACCCAGUGCGUGUGAAAUGCCUAUUUGGCAAAUUUUCAGUUAUGGACAACGAUAAUCGGCUAGAUCGAUUUUUAAAACUGGGCAAAGCCGGAGAAGGCACCUACGGAGUGGUUUAUAAAGCAAAAAAUAAACUAACUGGCAAGAACGUCGCUCUCAAAAAAAUUAAGCUGCAAAAGUUCUACAACAAAGGAUGUUCAGAAGGUGUUCCAUCGACAGCUAUGAGGGAAAUAACCCUUUUAAAAGGCGUACGCCAUUCCUCCAUAGUAGAACUUCUUGAUGUAAUGUACACAACUGACAAACUUUACCUGGUUUUUGAAUACUUGGAACUGGAUCUUAAGAGAUACAUGGAUAACACUAAAUAUCCUCUAGAUGAAGAAUUAAUCAAGAACUAUAUGAAGCAAUUAUUAGAUGCGAUGGCUUACCUACAUUGCCACAGAAUACUACAUCGAGACUUGAAGCCACAAAAUCUUUUAGUAGAUAAGGAAGGGCACAUUAAAUUGGCCGAUUUUGGAUUAUCCAGGUCAUUUUCUUUACCAACUAAAACAUAUACCCACGAGGUAGUUACCAUGUGGUAUAGGGCUCCAGAGUUACUUUUAGGAGAGAAAAUGUAUUGUACGGGUGUUGAUGUUUGGAGUUUGGGCUGCGUUAUGGCUGAGAUGUUACUGAAGAGGGCAAUAUUUCCAGGUGAUUCUGAGAUUGACCAACUUUAUAAAAUAUUUAGAAUAUUAGGAACGCCGACUGAAGAGACGUGGGAAGGCGUGACACUCUCGCCCGACUACAAGCCAGCCUUUCCAAAAUGGCCGGCAAAAAACUUAGCCGACGUUAUACACUUUAACAAUACAUCAGAAGAAAAUUUGUUGAAGAGUAUGUUAACGUACGAUCCUGCGAAAAGAAAGACCGCCAAAGAGUUAUUGAAAUUAAACUAUUUUAAGACUGCUAAAUUAACGACACCAGACUUGACAGCUUUUCCACCUGAUGAUGCUACGGAAACGGAAGCUGGACCUAGUUAGGACAAUAGAUAGUUUCUUUUUUAUUUAUUAAUAUUAUAUAUUUACAUUUUUAUUGUGAGCGUUUAAUAUUUUUUUGAGAAGUAAA